CAAGUCUCUGUUUUGGAAGCUUUAGUAAAUGUGCCCCAUAGUUGGGGAGCUUGUGCUUUGCAUUGAUAAAUGAGGAGAAAAGGAAUGAAACCCCAUUCUAUUCAUCCCGCAGCAGAGACUAAUUAGUGAUAUGGUAUUAUUAUGUAAUCAUCGCUCAUGUGUUUCUAAGCAGAAGUUAAACCAAGGAAAAAUAUAAUGAAUCCACUGACUAGGACUACCCAAAUCCAGGUAAACUUCACAGAUAACUGCAUAUAUCUGACAUUCAGAACUUACACGCCCCCUGCUGACAGUUGAAUGCUGGUGCAGCUCCCUCCAGCAAGGAGAAAGGGACUUGUGAUACCCUCAGAAAAGUUGUGGCACCACAAGUACCAGCAUGCCCAUAAUCACAGACACUGGGACAUGCAGGCCACAACUAACCAGCCCAAGAAAAGGUUAAUACAAUUCCCAGCCAGCAGCCCGGAGGGAGACAACAGGGGUUAUACAACGUUGCUAGCUGCAGAACUUCUUGGCGUGCAGCUGAUUGGGUGCCCUCAGGGCAGGAAGCUCAGAUUUGGAAUGUUACUCUGGAUUUAUAGAACUUUGCCCUGGAUCAGAGGAGGGCUGAUAUCGCUCCUGCACAGGGCUGGAGCUGCAGAGAGGGAGCCAGUGUGGUGUGCAGAGGAGAGUGUUUCACCCUGUGGUGAGGAGUAUUCAGCGGCCUGUAGAGUACCUGGCGGAGAUCGCAGCGGCAGCCUGGCGUGUAUGUCACAGCCACAGAGGAGACGUGGAGCAGUAUCCAGCACUGUGGGAGAGCAGUGACAGAGAGCCGUGUCCUGCCACGGAGAACAGCCAAAAGUGCAGCACGCCCGACAAGGCUGAGGGGGGGGGGGGCCGCACAGCCAGAGGAGGAAGCAAAGCAGCCCUGAGGACUGCGGUAUAGCAGAGGUCCAGGCAACUGCUUCUGGGUCCCCAAAGCAUCAGCCACGCAGAGUGGGAGCAACAACACAGCAAGGAAGCACAAGUGCAUCAGCCCUGGGACUCAGUAAUCGUGUCCGGAGGAAGCGUCUGGAGGGUGUCUAUUCUCCAGGGAUCCUCAUCUUCUUCUGUCUGCAAGAAGGGGGAACGUGUACCGGUCAGCUAGUGAAGCCAGAGCAGCAAGCUGUGAAGAACUACAGUUAUAGGUGUGACACAUCACCCUUUAUGCCAGCUGCGUGACGUACUAAACUGCGGGACUACAAGGAGUGUGGUGAAUGGCCUUUGUGGAAGAAGAACUUGGACCACAAAAUAAGAAAUAAGUGUUGUCUGCACCUGAAGCAGGGGGACCAUGGCCGACAUCUCCAUAAGGACCUACAAGAGCGGAGACUAUGAGGCGGUGCGGGCCUUAUUCGCUGAAGGGAUGCUGAGUUAUGUCCCCAGUACCAUUGUGCACCUGUUGAAGCGUCCUCUUGUCUACAUUCCCAUCUCUAUGUCACUUAUCACGCUCCACGUGGCUUUUAGGUCCUAUCUGCUGUCCCUGUUAGGCGUGGCCAGUCUGCUGGCUGCAGGUUUCCUUCUUUUAAAGACUAUGUUUCGCAUGUACAUAAAUAAAUGUCAUAGGGGGGACUUGCUGAACAUUGAGGAGUCCUACAUGACGGGACAGGACUCCUGCUUCUGGGUGGCGGAGUCCAAUGGCCGGGUCAUUGGGAUGGUGGGGGUCCAGCCCGUCCCCGGUUCCUGCCAUGCGGUGCUGCUAAGACGCCUGUCUGUGACCAAGAGCCAGCGCCACCGGGGAACGGCCAGGAAACUCUGUAUGACAGUCAUUGACUUUGCCCGCCAGCGCGGAUACAAACAAGUGACCUUAGAUGCCUCGACGCUGCUACACGCCGGUCACCGGCUGUACCAACGCCUGGGCUUCCAGAUAACAAAGGUCAAACAGAACCUGGCCGGGAAAUUUGUAAACUCUGCUAUAAUAUAUUACACAUAUCAUAUACAGUAAGUGCAUCACUGCUGGAGUAUAUACAAUGUAUGUCCCUAGAUGUGAUGAGUAGUCUCGCUGCAUGGUACAGAAGUGUAACAAGAUGGAGUAUAAUAAAGCAACAGAGAAACUGUGCACACUUACAGUAUAUAACCCUGUAUGGGUAGUGGUGGGUCACAGCCAGACAUCUGAAAAUGGCCCUCAUUCCGAGUUGUUCGCUCGCUAGCUGCUUUUAGCAGCAUUGCACACGCUAAGCUGCCGCCCUCUGGGAGUGUAUCUUAGCUUAUCAGAACAGUGAACGAAAGAUUAGCAGAAUUGCGAAUAGAAAAUUCUUAGCAGUUUCUGAGUAGCUCGAGACUUACUCCUACACUGCGAUCAGCUCAGCCCGUUUCGUUCCUGGUUUGACGUCACAAACACACCCUGCGUUCGGACAGACACUCCCCCGUUUCUCCAGACACUCCCGCGUUUUUUCCUGGCACGCCUGCAUUUUUCCGCACACUCACAGGAAACGGUCAGUUUCCGCCCAGAAACAUCCACUUCCUGUCAAUCACACUCCGAUCACUUCAACGAUGGAAAUUCUUUGUUCGGACGUGAGUAAAUCUACUAAGUUUUGUGCUAAAAUACUUAGCGCAUGCGCACUGCGUACCAUGUGCAUGCGCAUAUCCGCCUUAAUCGCUCCGUUGUGAAUAUCGGCAACGAGCGAACAACUCGGAAUGACCCCCAAUAUACACACAUAUACCCCAUAAUAUACUAUUGUUAUAAUAUUGGUAACAUAUAGAAGUCAUAGCUGAUUUGUUUUUUACUUUGUAUUUCACUAAUUAACCAUAGCACUAUGGCACAGCCCCUGUGGGAUGGUAAUUGUCCUAAUUAUUUGUAGUAUGU